AUGGGCACCUCAGUGAUUCAGCAUAUCGGCUUCAUUCUGGGUGUGUUGGGACAGUUUUUAGUAUCUGCUGCUACAGCCAUGGAUAUGUGGGGUUUACAGGACCGGUCCUUCUCAGUCAUAACAAGUGUUUACACUUACUCUGGACUCUGGAAAUCAUGUGUAGAAAACUCAUCUGGAAUGACCCAAUGCAGGCCUUAUUUUACCAUACUAGGGCUGCCAAUUAUGCUCCAAGCUGUGCGGGCACUGAUGAUAGUGGGGAUAGUUCUGGGAGCCAUCGGCUGUCUGAUCGCCAUCUUUGCCCUCAAGAGUCUGAAGAUGGGAAAUAUGGAGGACAACGUCAAGGCUACCAUGACACUGACCUCUGGGGUCAUGUUUCUGCUUGCAGGUGUCUGUGGCAUUGCUGGAGUGUCUGUCUUUGCCAACCUAAUCGUGUCCAGCUUCCGGUUCACCACCUAUGCAGGCAGUAGAUAUGGAGGAGGAGUGCUAGGAGGACUUGGAGGAUCUCUCACUCCCAGGUACACCUUUGGCACCGCCCUUUUUGUGGGGUGGAUAGGCGGGGCUGUGUUGGUCGUAGGAGGAGUUAUGAUGUGUAUUGCCUGCAGAGGGAUGAUUCCAUCAGAGGAGAAGCGACUAGGUUAUGGGGUGGCCUACAAAGCUGCGUCCCAACACACAACAGUGUACAAGGAUGACGCGAAACCCAGACUCGCCUAUGACGAGUCUUUCAGAGCCCAGAGUAUGAAUGGAAGACACUCCAACCAGGAAUAUGUGUGAAGAAUAUAAUAUUAUGUACUAGUUAGAGGUUCUCUGAAACUUAACAAUACUAUUUUGAUAUUUCAAUGACAAUCUCGUGCAGCUCUAAGGGGCUUAGAAGAUUGCAUAGGGUUGCUAUGAAGGAAAACCUUUUUCAGGUUUGAUUAGUUAUUUUUGUACUUGGAUUUUUUUGUACUCUCUUAUAUUUUGGGCUCCCGAGUGGCGCAGUGGUCUAAGGCACUGCAACUGAGUGCUAGAGGCAUCACUACAGGCCCUGGUUUGUAUCACAACCGGCCGUGAUUGGGAGUCCCACAAUUGGCCCAGCGUCGUCCAGGUUAGGGUUUGGCUGGGGUAGGCCAUCAUUGUAAAUAAGAAUUUGUUCUUAACAGACUUGCCUAGUCAAUAUAAAAAUAUUCUGUGAUUUGUUAUUAUGCAUUUAA